AGGCAGCCUUCUGCGUUCUUCUUUCCUCUCUCCACCCCCCUCCCCUUUCCGGGUUUCACCGUGGACCGCGUGCGGUGAGUUUGGCUUUCGGCACAGAGAAGAACAAACGUUAACGCAAAGCAGAAAUUAUCGGCGCUGGUAGAAUGCGCCUGCUGGUCGCCGUCUUCCCCUGAGCAAUCAACGCGCCACCCAAUCAUAGAAAGGAGAAAAUAAUAGCGUCGUAAACGUCUACCCAAAGAAACGAGAAAUUCGCUUUUCCACUUGAAUCAAACCACCACCACCACCACCAUAACAACAACAACAAAAAAGCCAGCCUAUCCAAACCCGUCAACUCGGUUUUACAUGGGGGCCGGAUAAAAAAAAAACUGUGAGCGAGGCGCGACUUACAUCGUUGUUAUGCGCAGCGGCGGUUUGCUUCGACACUCCGGCAUCCAAUAUAUACACUCCUUUUAUUCUCCUACGGUUCCCUUAUUGUUUUUGCGUUCUCUUCUCCGUUUUACGCGCAUAUUUCUUACUGUCUCGUCUUUUUUUGUUUGUUUUUGGACCUUUUCCAACACCUCGUUGUUUAUCUUGCUUUACAUAUUUUUCUGUUAGUGCUGUGGUUUCCGCCUUGCGUGCCGAAGAGACCGUAGGAGGGAAGCUCGCGCCCACACUCUCCCGCCCCCCUCUCCUCCCCCGCGACUCCUGACCCAAUCCAUCGACAGAUUUUUGCGCGUCUCUGUUUGUAGCUCUUGGUGUCUUGUCCGUCUGCGAUUUUAUUAUUUAUUUUUAUUAUUGUUCUCACUUCCUUUUCCGAUUUCCUGGUUUUAUACACUUCACGGCUGACGUUGCAGGGUUUGCUUUCUCUCUCUCUGUGUGCGGAGCUUUACAGGCAUGCAUCCAACAGUUUCAUUUUUUGUUUCGAGUGUCAGCGGCUCCUGCGAACGACGGCGUGCCACCGCAGCCGACGCCACCACGGCGCCUCCGCCGCUGCGGCUCUUCCGCAACACCAGUAAUCUUCUUCGCCCGGAGGCUCGCUGCGCGCUUGUGGCGAGUGCGUCUUCAGAACACGCCACAUCAGCAUCAGCACCAGCAUCAGCAGCAGCAGCGGCAGUCGCAUCGUUUCCCUCUUACAACGUCAAUAGCAUGAAAGACGCUGCAUUUUAUAGAGACAAGGAGCAGUCGAUUAUAGUGGAUACGGCCAUCUCCUCGUCCGACGCGACGUCACACACUUCGGGUGAGGGACGUGGUAAGCGUCGCCGUCGCAGCGGUCCUGCCGAGCUCCGUCGCACAGCGGAGGCCACCCAAGUGUUAGAAGACAGGAAUGAACCGCUUCCCAAACCGCUAACGGCGCCGUCGUCCAACGCCCCCACGCCGCAUCACACAAGUGAGGCCACGCCGUCCCCCCUCCGCUCUGCCUCCUCCGCCACGGUCCCGUCCACCUUUACGGCUUCCACAGAUGACGCCAGUCGCUGUCGUGGCGCGUCCGGCACCACCGCGCCACCGGCGGUGCGCCGAGGUGGUCCUUGGCUGGCGGUGGUUCACGGCUCCCCCGCCGCCACCAGCGUUGUGUCCCGGUGUACGCACGCAUCAUCAGCGGCAUCUGGGAGUAUAGCGACAGAAUUUCUCUCAGCAGCGGCAGCGGCAGGAGCCGGCGUUCAUACGCGCUCGUUCGGCACCGCACGCAGCCGCAUUCCCACCACGGCCGCGGCGGCGUCGCGCGUACUUUUCCUCCACGACGCCGACGCGGACGGCGAUGGAUGGGCCGAAAAGUCGAUGCGUGUGGGUGAGGGCAUCGGCGGUGACGCGGCUUGCUUGCACAGCAGCCACGGCGCACGCGACGGCGGCAGCGUGUCUGGUCGUUCACCGAUUCGCACUUCUUCCGGGACGGCGGUGCCGGCCGCGAUGGGCACCGAAUCGAACUUACUGGAGCUGUUGGCGUGUGCUUCCUCGGCCGACGUCGCCGGAGUGUCGGCUGACGAGGCGAGCGAAGCCGGCAGAACAGAGGUGGCGGAACCGAACUCGUGGCUUCGAGCAGCGUCCAACUACAACAACACGCCGUACAGGGAGAGCUCGGUGAGCACCGUAUCCGUGGCGCAGGACACGGCCGAAGUUUUGAGGAGCGCGGGAGGCGAGGAGGGCGGUGACCGCACGCGAUCUGCGGUGCGUGGGUUGUCGCGGCCGCCGUCGCCGACGCGCCGCGCAGCCCCUUCAGCGAGUGUCUUCGUCUUUCAUCCACAGAACAAGGAGGACAGCGCCACCGAGCUAGACGCACCGAUUUUGUUAGAUGCGCUGAAGGAGAAGGAUGGGGCGGCCCAAACACCACCACCGCCACCACGACAACACGACUGCAACGCGCUCUCCAGCUCCGGCGAGGUUGUGCGGCUUUCUCUCCCCGCGAUGGCGCUGAACCUCUCCCCGGCGGAUUCCUCCGGCGGCUGCCACGGCGGGCGUCGGCGAGCGAUAAGCCCGUCGGUGCCACGCAACCUCUUCAGCGACGCGCACACCUGCGCGGCGGAGUUGCCGGAGUCCGACAUGUUCUGCAUCGCCACCACGAAUGUGGACGGCAACGUCGGAAGCGAAUUCGAUGCCUCCGCCUCCAUCUCUCCUGCGGAGGGGUUGGAUAUGAGCAGCUUCCGAACGCCCCUCUCGCCCUGCCCAAGCAGCGUCGCGCCGCCGUUUGCGGUCUUCCCGUGCGCGGCGACUUCACGAGUGACGUCGCCGGUGUCCAUUCCGGCCAAAAUGAUGAAGCAGCGGCAGCGUGGGCACGCAUGGGCGCGGAAAGGCUCCCCCUCUCCCGCCUCGCAGAUGCCCUCCCCCGGUGGGGGUUUAUGUCCGGGCAGCGGCAGCAACUACAGUAACCAUCACCCCCACCACCCCCACCACCACCACCAAUGCAACAACACCUACCACAGCGCCAGCAGUGCCGAGCCCUUCAACUCCUCUCUUCGGGGACUGCGUGAGUUGUUUGGCAGUCUGGCGAUGGCGAGUCUCACAACCUGCCCCCUGCCGUCAACGUUUGCGUCGGCGCUCGACUCGGCGUCUCACGAGGCGGUGGAGGGCGAUUCGGUUCUUGGCCGAAGUGACCCACGGGUAGCAGCCGUGGAGUGGAAACAAAGGGAUCGCAGCAGCACCUGUCCGCUGAUGGCAAGCACCGAUGGCGUGCCGAAACAGCAAGAGGAAGAAGCGGAACAAGAAGUGGAGGAGGAAGUCGAAGAAGGAGAAGGCCCAGGCGUCUUCGAUCAUUCCCGACGCAGGGGAACCUGUGCGCCGCUGCACCACGGCGAGCUUCUAGCGGAAGGCGGAGCGAGCUCGUGCCUCUACGCACGACCCGCCGCCGCAGCGUCAUUGCCGGUGACGGCGCUUCUCGCGCCUCCAGAACCCACAACAGCCGCAUCCUCCAUCACCACCACAACGGCGAUCAACGCUUCCACCUCAGCGGCGCAGCCCGCACUCUACACGGCUCCGGUGCCGGCGCACAGCCGCCUCACCGCCUACGGCACCUGCACUCCACCGCGCGACAGUUCGCGUUCGGCGUCGCAGGCAGCUCCCUUUCCGCCUGUGUCUCCGUUGGUCGAUCGGAGCAGGGGGUACGCCCCUUUGCACAUCAGCACUUCGCCGUCGGAGCUGUCGUCGCGGACGGCGACAACGCUGCGGAGUUGCUGUGCCUCGCCCUGGUCACCCACGUCAGCGAAAGCCAACCUCAUGACGGAGGCGAAUGACACCGCUGCCGGUGAGGGCGUGAACUCUGGGUGGGGCUCAUGUGCGGACGGGGAUACCCCUACCCGCGGGGCGCGACGCUGCUCUCCGCCGCUGCCAGCGACGCCUGCGAACGAGUCCGCGUGGGACUUUCCUUUGACCUCGCAGCGGCACGACUCCGGAGCGCGCACACCGACGCUGGGGCAACCGCCGCCGCCGCAGCAACAGCAGCAGCGGAGCCGUGAGAGCAGCAAUUUGAUGUCACUUAGAGGCAGCGGCGAUGCGAGCCUUCGCAGUGGUCGGCCGGCGUCCGCCUCACCAGUUUUCACCGCUUCAGCGAGAGCAGAACGCGGAAGCUUCCACUGUCCUGAGCUGCGAAACUCGUCCAGCGAGUGCGCUCGUCUGGGUGGUGGUCGGAGCUGUGUCUCUCUUGAUGCAGCGGCAGCGAUAGGAGCAGUGACGCCAGGCACUCCGACCUUCCACCCUUCCUCCCAGCCUACACACCCUCGUCUGACGCUGUAUUCUUCUGUCGCGUGUGCGCCGUUGGUCUUCUCCUCACAGCCCGCACAACCCAGGACACCAACGCCGGGCCGCAUCUCGACCUGCUCGACGCCGCCGCCUACGCCGCUGCUGCCAGCGCGGACCUCGCCGUGCGUCUCGCCGUGUGAGCUGACGCCUGCGGUGUACCACCAUCACCAGCGCCACGCAGACUCGUACGCUGGAAGUAUGGCGUUUGCUGAUCCGACGGACCGACGAGACGUUGCCUCCCAGGGCACCACCAGCCCGCUGCACGACCCUGCGAACACGUUCUGCAAUCCUGUUCACAGGACCGAUACAACAACAGUGGCAGCACCAGCAGUAGCGUCAGCUGACCUCAUUCCACGAAAGUCUCGUUGCGUCCUUCCGCCCCAUCGAAGCGUGCGACCGUCGCUGUCGCCCUCGCCCUUUCCGCCGACCUCUUCCUACAGUUUUGUGGAGGUGCCGGCGGCGGCAGCGGAAGCUGACGGGCACGCCGCUCCCUUGUGCUCUCUUGUAUCCCUUCCAUCGCCUACGACGGCGAACCCCAACGGCACUGCUGCUGCUGCAGCUGCUGCCAGCGCAGACGUGGUGGGUGGCGUGUGCGACGGUGUGGAGUCGGAGCUGUGCGGUCUGCAGUCUUCUUCGACUUCGGGGUCCGCCCCACAGCUUCCGCCAGAUCUUUCAGGGGGCUCGUCUCCGACGUACGCGUUUAAAGGUCCGCGAUCUGCGGGAGGGCCCACAGACAGCAUUCGCGGUUUUAAUAGCCCGGUGGAACGUGCAGGCGGCAUCGAUGGCCGUGCGCCUUCACACGAGCAGCGCAGCUUUGGCGUACACCAAACAUUUACGGAUGCACAAGAGAAGCGCGCUGCUGCUGCCGUCGGCAAUGAUCCGAACAUAGAGGAAAUGCAGGACACAGCCGUGCCGCUCACACACGGCAGGCAUCGACAGACCAUAGAUGGUGACCGCUGCAGCAGCGCGGCCCAUAUCGCAGAUGGAGACAAUGCCAGAGAGGAUAAGGAUUUUCAUAAUAACAUCCACGACGACGUCUUGGGCUCUCCUUCGCGGUUCUCCUCGCUGCUGCAGCUCGUACCGCCACCGCCGUUGGUGACGCUUCCCCGCUCCUCCUCGCUGGCGGCCAGCUUAACGUCGUCCACGUUUUCGUUGAUGGCCUCCUCCUCCGCGGUUGGGCGGUCGCGUCGGCCGUCGCCGGUGUUUGGUGGAGAUGGCGAGGGCGUUGCGGUUGCUGCGUCCUUCCCGCCUCCGAUUGAGGGGGACGAGCCGCCGCCGUCACCGCGACAAACGUGGCGCGGCGCGGCGUUGUCUGCUCGCCCGCUGGACGACGCAGCGGCGCCGUCGGCAGGCGUGGGCGGCGUGCGGGAGAUGCGGCUGCCAGCGAGUUCGUUCCACUACGCGUUUAGCUCGCUGCGGGGAUCGCGCAGCCGGCAGGAGGACAGCGUGACGCUGGCACCCGACCUGCUCGUCCGCGGAGGGGCGACGUGCGAAGGGUGCGACGGCGGUGUUGUCGAGCAGGCUAGUAGACGAGAAGGAAGAGGCACAGAGAGUGGACCGUCGUUGGUAGACCUUUCCAAACCUGAAGCGGCCCACACACGCUGCUGUGUGCCGCUGGAUCUCCACACAGAGCCGAUCGCCUUCACGUGCUUCGGCGUCUUUGACGGGCACUGCGGGGACACCAUCUCCUCCCUCGCCUCGCAGUACUUCCCAGAACACUUUGAGUUUGCCGUGAAGGAGUACUGGGCACAGUGGUCAGAGGAAAAGAGACGAGUCGCCGCCUUGCGGCUUCCGCCGGAGGCGUUGAAGACCGCAGCGGCUACUCUCCCCUCGUUGUCGCCCUCCGCGAAUACCGAAGGCGCAGGGGCCAUGGGUCACGCAGCCACCGACGUGAGCGAGGCGUCUGCCGCCGCGGCAUCGGCAGGGUUUCAGCGUGUAAUCAGCGCAGCGUUGGUGCAGUCUCUCGUGCAUCUCGACCUCACCCUGUACGACGCUGUCCAUCGAAAGACGAGUGGGCGCGCCUCGACGCAGCGCCGCGACGCUGGAUCGACGGCGAGUGUGGUGGCCUUCUACAAGGUACCUCCCUUCGCCUCCGUCUCUCGUGAUGGGUGUCCGCGUGACUCGUGCGCCGGGGCACCACGGACCACCACACAGUUACAGCGAGAGCGCGGCGAAACGGCGAAGGAUAACAGGAGCAGCCGCAACAACAGUGGCCGUAGUAGUCCUACGGUUAGAAGAGAGGAAGAGGUCGAUGCAGCGGCUAUGGAUACGUAUCGGCUAUGCAUUGCGAAUCUCGGCGACAGUCGAGCCAUCAUCGGCAACAAGCACACCCACCAGCUGCUGCUGUCCACCACCGACCACCGCAUCUCCUCCUGUCCCGCAGAGGAGGUGCGAAUCGAGGCGGUGGGCGGCGUGGUGGAUCUGGGUCGCGUGGAUGGCAGCCUGGACGUCACACGAGGCUUGGGCGACUACCGGUACAAGGUGGACCCGACGCAGUGGUGGGCCGCAGCAGCGUCCGCGCCGCCGUCUGCGAAGAAGCCACGGGCGGUGGGGCGGCAGACGCCUGCGUUGGGCACCAAGGCUUCCAUCUCGACCACGCAAAGCAGCACCGCACCCAGCAGCUCCUCGAACACGAUGACGGCGGCGUCUACGCCGUCUCCAUCGCCGCUGUCUACCUCAACAGGGGGUGACACGCCGGGCGCUGAAGUGACGACGGCCGCGCGUGCGCUGCAGUGGCAGUCGGCGUCCACCACGCCGGUGCCCGAUAGCCGCAAAGACGACGACGAGCCGAAUGACGCGCGCGAAGACACGAGAGGAGCACCAGCGACCGCGGCCGUCGACGGUGAUGACAACAGCGGAGAUAUCCGCCCCACACUGAAUGCGGAGGGCGAGCGGGAGGGUGAAGGCGUCGGUGCACCCCGUGGCACGAACGUGGAAGAGGGACAGGCUUCCGAUCAGUGGGGGAGGUCCAUUCUCAACGGGCCUCCCUCUUCCAUCGCUGCCGCCUCCGCGGAAAAGGCGGCCGCCCACCUGCCCCGCGAGCGCAGCACCGAUCGCGAGCUUUUCGUCAUCAACGCCGCAGCAGCCGCUCCCGCCACUUCUGCCCUCAUCUCCUUCCCGUCUCACCAAACACUCCACGACCGACCAUCGCCACCCCCGCCCACGUCGCCUUCGCGGCCCGCUGCCGUGCUGACGGGCAACGCAGUGAGCAACAUCGCAGACGUCUACGAGUGGGAGGUGCACCGCGAUGAUGUGCUGAUUAUCGCGUCGGACGGCGUCUGGGACAGUAUGACCUCCGAGGAAGUUUUAAACUUCGUCUGCAAUGAACUGAAGGAGCUCGAGUCGGAAUCGGAAGCGCCGCACGAACGGCCGAAGGCAGCAACGGCAUCAUCACCAGUCGUGACGUCAGGAGAUGGCGUUUCUUUUGCGGAACUGGCGCGGACGACUGGGGUCGAUACCAAGGCGAGCGAUCUCGCGCAGCCGCCUACAAGUUCUCUGUCUUCAUCGUUCACCCUUUCCACGAAAGCUACACGGGAGCGGGCAGCGACGGCUGAUGGAGCGUCGCAGUUGUGCGGUACACCCACUCCUGCUCCGUUGGAUGACUUGCUCCAUAGUACUCCGCUGCGCCGGCCGAUCACCGCGUAUCCCGCACAGGCGUUCCGCACCCCCUGCGGCGAUGACGGCGGCAGCUGCUUCCCGGAGACGACGCCGGACGCCGUGGAUUGCGGCAGUGCCUCGCGCUCCUCAGCGGUGCAGACGGCGGCGCGGCGGCUGACGGAGUACGUGGUGAACACGUUGUCCGGCAACGAUAACACGACGGCGAUUGUCGUGGUGUUUCGAUAG